AUGGAUACCGUAAAAAAGUACAUUCCUUGUGGGAAAGGAAAAAAUUAUAUUCCUGAAUGGAAUGGUGAAUUUGAAACACUUUUCACCUCUUUUAAACGUUCAGAAAAAUACGAUAACGCAAAGAAGACUUUAGAAGUACUUGAUCACCAACACCUGGAAAAAAUGGAUAUAAUCAGUAUACAAUAUAUAGAUUUAAACAUUCAAGUCAAAAUCUUGGUCACUCCUUCGAAGACUGAGAACUAACGAAGAACCCAAACAAGCUGUCCACCGAUCAACCCAAAUCACAUACCAAAUUACAUUCUUGAAUUGUCUAGCUAGAAUAUCGCCGCAUAAACAAUUUUCAAGUGAAACAAAAAUCAAACUUUUAAAACUCAAAAAAGAAGCGGUAAAAGGAACAGCUAUAAUUACUUCGUUUAGAAUGAAAGAAAAUGUCUCCUAA